CAAAAGAGCCCAAACGUUAGUGCAACACUAUAAAGUGAGAGAGAGGAGAGUAGUUCAGACUACAAGGGAAAAGGCCAAUAUUACAUAAAUUCACAAGUCAUGGUAAUUGAUAACUUGGCUUAGCUCCACAAAAGAAUCGCAUGCCCAAGUUUUCCGGUAAUCGGAGAGGCAUUUCCUGUUUCCCUUAGCAACAAGGCACACAGAGUUAUCCGUCAGUUGGAGGCACGCGAGUUGGAGGAAAUAUGGCAGAAGUAGAAGAGACUCUUAAAAGAAUUCAGAGUCAUAAAGGAGUCAGUGGACUUAUUGUUGUAAAUGCAGAAGGUAUUCCAAUAAGAACAACACUCGAUAACUCGACUACAGUGCAGUAUGCUGGACUAUUUCACCAGCUUACAAUGAAAGCCAGAAGUACAGUGAGAGAUAUUGAUCCACAAAAUGACCUUACCUUUCUCCGAGUUAGAUCAAAAAAACAUGAAAUUAUGGUGGCACCAGAUAAGGAUUACCUACUGAUUGUUAUUCAAAACCCAAGUGAAUAGUAAUUUAUGGUUGGACAGCUAUGAUGAUCAGAAGAUAAACUGUGAUGUAUUUAUGAAAAAGAAGAAGAAUCUGCAGCCUUCAAGUUCAUAUUGCUGUACUCAAACCAAACAAUGAAAAGAAUUUGUGUUUUUGGUUUCAGUUUAAUUAAAAUUUCUGAUUUCCUUGUACUUUGCCCUCUGCAGUUAGAGUAUGUCAUUUGAUGUGCUGUUAAGUAUAUUAUGUAAUUUUUGUUUGUUUACUAUAAUUUUAUAAGUAAACAAUAAAAACAACUUAGUUGGCAAGCC